AUGAAAUAUACUAUGUUUCAGCCACCACCAUUAUUACGCAUUGGAACAAAUCGUUCAGUAACAAUGUCACAACGACAAGCAGCUUCAUUAUUAGCUUGUGCAUUUUUCUGUUUAUUUCCAUGUCGUUCUAAUGAUGAACAGAAUGAUGACUCUGCAAAUUUUCAAAAUCCAAAUUUUAAUUCAUUAUAUGAAAAUGGACCUCCACAAAAAAUAGAAAAACUCAAAUGUAUUUUACAUUAUUUUCGACGUAUUACAGAUGAAAUGCCCAAUGGUCUAAUUAGUUUUGGACGCUUUUCAUUACCUGAUAAUUUCAUCCCCAAUUGGUCAACUUCAAUGAAAGGUCUCUGUGAUAUACAUUUGACAACGGGUAAAAAAAUCGAAGAUGUUGAAUGUGCUUUACAAGUUGAUUUUGCUAAUAAAUAUAUUGGAGGUGGUGUUUUAGGAGCCGGUUGUGUACAAGAAGAAAUUCGUUUUACUAUUUGUCCUGAAAUGCUUGUUAGUUUACUUAUAUGUGAAAAGAUGGAAUCGAAUGAAUGUAUUUUUCUUAUUGGAUGUGAACGAUAUUCAUCAUACAAAGGUUAUGCCAAUUCAUUUCAAUUUGAUGGAAAUUAUCAAGAUAAAACACCUAAAGAUAAUUGGGGUCGAAAAUGGUGCCAUUUAGUAGCAAUGGAUGCUGUGUUUUUUCGAGAUCCAACUGUACAAUAUGAUAUGAGAUAUGUCAAGCGUGAGUUAAUCAAAGCUUAUACAAGUUUCUAUCCUCAAGCAACGAAGAUCGAAAGAGAAAGUAUGUUCGGUAUUGUCACUGGAAGUUGGGGUUGUGGUGCAUUCAAUGGUGAUAGACAAUUGAAAGGUAAAAUUGAACAAAAUAUCGAGCAAAGUAUUAUUCAAAUAUAUGUCUUUUUAGCAAUUAUUCAAUUAAUGGCCGCUUCGGAAGCUGGACGUUCAUUAAUCUAUGCAGCUUAUCUAGAUAAAAAAUUAGUUAAAUCAUUCUAUGAAGUUUAUGAAUAUUUAUUCAAUCAACGUGCAAGAGUAUGGCAUUUAUAUCGAUAUCUUGAACGAUAUUCUACUGAAAAUAGUCGAAAAUCACUAUUCGAAUAUAUUCUUAAAACACCGAUUUCGUCUCUUUACCCGUAA